GUCACCGCUGCUGCUCAUCUCGCUCUCUCUUUAUCCGGCAGAAACGGGGCGAAAAGCGCACUGCUGGAAUUGUCGCGCGCGCUCGGCGUUGUUUUAGUCUCUCCCUCACCGCCGUACCGUGUGUAUGUGUGUGCGGACGCGCUCGUGCUCGCGGUUGUGUGUUUUCGGACCCUGUUUAUUCGUGCGUGCGUGCCAGUUUGUUGUUUGCGAAUCUUUUUGCAAGCGUUCUUUUUUUUUGUUUGGAUGGUUUAGUGGCGGCGUUUAGCUAGAAAAGUAAAUACGGCUUGAGCCCAGAAGGUUCGCCGAUCCACGCGCCAAGACGACGACGACGACGGGAAGGAGAAGAAAAAAAAGAAGAAAAAGUAGCACCAGCAACGGAGGGGGUGGAUGCGGGUGCGGACGCGCAGAGAGCGAAGGCGGCGACGGUGUUGAUGUUGAUUGCCAAAACGCGCCCGACGUGCUGCGGAGGCGGUGGUGGUGGCAGCGGUGGUAGCAGUAGUGGUGGUGGUGGUAGUGAUAGUGAUCGACGAUCGCACGCCGGAAGCAGCCCGGCAGGAGGACGCGCGCGACCACAGGCGACAGCGACGGACAGUGGUUAAAGGUCCCCUCCCCCCCACCCCGCAUCCUCCUCUCCUCACUCUAGCGGCAAACGCUAGCAGCGGACGAGCGACGACGCACGGAAGAAGCAAGUGAGCGAAAGCGGAAGAAGAAGAAGAAGAAGAAAAAAAAGAAUAAGAAGUACAGCAGGAAACAGUGUGAAACAGUUGUGUGGAUCGAGUCCUCCCCCACCCCCCAACCCCGCCCUGUACGGUUGGGCAUCGGUUUUUUCGACCCCCGCCGCGGGACCACAGGACCACAGGCCGCCGACAGGAUGUUCAAGUACAUACCGAUAUUCAAGGGAUGCAACCGGCAGAUCGAGUACGUCGACAACCGGCACUCGUCGCUGCCGAACGUGCCGGAGGAGAUCUUCCGCUACUCGAACAGUCUGGAGGAGCUGCUGCUCGACGCGAACCACAUUCGCGAUCUGCCGAAGGGCUUUUUUCGCCUCUACCGGCUGCGGAAGCUCGGGCUGAGCGACAAUGACAUUAUCAAAAUUCCAUCCGACAUCCAGAACUUCGUCAAUCUGGUCGAGCUGGACGUGUCCCGAAAUGAAAUCGGCGACAUACCGGAGGACAUCAAGCAUCUGCGCAGCCUGCAGAUAGCCGAUUUCAGCUCGAAUCCCAUCUCGCGGCUGCCGGCCGGCUUCACCCAGCUGCGGAAUUUGACCGUGCUCGGCCUGAACGACAUGUCGCUCAUCUCGCUACCGCAGGACUUUGGCUGUCUGUCCAAGCUGGUGUCGCUCGAGCUGCGGGAGAACCUGCUGAAGAACCUACCGGAGUCAAUUAGCCAGCUGACGAAGCUGGAGCGCCUCGACCUGGGCGACAACGAGAUCGACGAGCUGCCGUCGCACGUCGGCUACCUGCCGUCGCUGCAGGAGCUCUGGCUCGACCACAACCAGCUGCUGCGGUUGCCGCCCGAGAUCGGGCUGCUCAAGAAGCUCGUCUGCCUGGACGUGUCGGAGAACCGGCUGGAGGAGCUGCCGGAGGAGAUCGGCGGCCUGGAGUGUCUCACCGAUCUGCACCUCUCCCAGAACCUGCUCGAGACGCUGCCGAACGGCAUCUCGAAGCUGACCAACCUGUCGAUCCUGAAGCUCGACCAGAACCGGCUGCACACGCUGAACGACAGCAUCGGGUGCUGCGUGCACAUGCAGGAGCUCAUCCUGACGGAGAACUUCCUGAGCGAGCUGCCGGCCACCGUCGGCAACAUGCUGGUGCUGAACAACCUGAACGUCGACCGGAACUCGCUGGUCGCGGUGCCGAGUGAGCUCGGCAACUGCCGCCAGCUCGGCGUGCUGAGCCUGCGCGAGAACAAGCUGACCCGGCUGCCGGCCGAGCUGGGCAACUGCGGCGAGCUGCACGUGCUGGACGUGUCGGGCAACCUGCUGCAGCAUCUGCCCUACUCGCUCGUCAACCUGCAGCUGAAGGCGGUCUGGCUGUCGGAGAACCAGUCGCAACCGGUGCCAACGUUCCAGCCGGACGUGGACGAGACGACGAACGAGCAGGUGCUGACCUGCUUCCUGCUGCCCCAGCAGCGCUACGUCCCGUCCAACCCGAGCCAGCGCGAGGACACCGACUCGGAGAACUGGGAGGAGCGGGAAGCGUCCCGCACGCACUCGGUCAAGUUUACCGAGGACUUUGGCGCGGACCGGGACACGCCGUUCGUGCGCCAGAACACGCCCCACCCGAAGGAGCUGAAGAUGAAGGCCCACAAGCUGUUCGCGAAGGAGCGCAAGUCGGACGACCUGUCCGGCAAUCUGGACACGCUGUCGGAGGAGAGCGCCUCCCGGCCGUCGCUGCUGAACCGGUCCGGCUACGGGACGGCGACGAUGGAGGACAUCCAGGGCCAUGCGAUACCGCACGACGAGGAGCAGGGCGAGGCAGCAGCUGGAUCGGCGGAGGCAGGCGGCGGCAUCGAAGGGGCACAGGACGACGAGGACGGGUACGAGAAGCGGGUAGGGUUCGAGGUGAACGAGGACGAGGACGACGACCCGGAACGGCAGCAGUACGGCGAGGACGGCGAUGAGCACGGUGGCAAAAAGCCGAUAUCGAAGCUGCAUCGCAGAGAUACGCCACACCACUUGAAGAACAAGCGGGUGCAUCACACCAUCACCGAUAAGAACACGAACCUGAUGUUUAACUCGCUGAAGCUGAAGGAGAUGACCCCGCCGAAGCUGGACGAGCAUCCCGCGAUGGAGCCGCCGGUGCCACCGUCCGCUACUGCCAGCAUCGCCGAAGACACGCUCGACACGUACACGGCGCUGAAGGAGGAACGGCUGGAGAUACACAUCGAGCGUACGUCCGCCGGGCUCGGGCUGAGCAUUGCGGGUGGGCGCGGUUCCACCCCGUUCAAGGGCGACGACGAGGGCAUCUUUAUCUCACGCGUCACCGAGCGGGGCCCGGCGGACCUGGCCGGCUUGAAGGUCGGCGAUAAGGUGCUGAAGGUGAACGGUAUCUCCGUGGAGGACGCGGACCAUUACGAUGCGGUCGAGGUGUUGAAGGCGUGCGGCUCCGUGCUGAUACUGUACAUUGCCCGCGAGGUGACGCGCCUGAUCGGCCAUCCGGUGUUCGACGAUACGGGCUCGGUCGCGCAGAUCAGCGUGUCCGACCAGGACGCGCUGAAGCCGCCGCCCCUGGUGGGCGCACCGCUGGGGCUGCCGACCGUGGACGGUGCGGGCGUACCACCGUACAUGGGCGCCCUCUCCCCCAACACGGUCGGUUUGCCGAACGGUGCUGGUGGUGGUGUUGGUGGUGGUGCCCUGGACAUGCCGAACGGGAACGAAAUCACGCAAAAGAUCAUCCUGCACACGACGCUGAUCCGGGACCAGAUCGGGCAGGGGCUAGGUUUCAGCAUUGCCGGCGGCAAGGGCCACGCACCGUUCAAGGACGGCUCCGAGGGUAUCUACAUCUCCCGGCUGACCGAGAACGGGGUGGCGCACAAGGACGGCAAGAUAAUGGUGGGCGAUCGGGUGCUGGCGAUUAACGGAGUCGACAUCACGAACGCCCAUCACGAUUACGCGGUGCAGCUGCUGACCGAUCAUCAACGCUUCGUGCGCCUGGUGGUGCAGCGCGAAGUGAAGGGACCGCUGGAACCGCUGCACAGCCCCCGCAGUCCCGUCGUCGGUCCGAAUAGGCCUCCCGGCGCCGCUGCCGGCGCCUACCUGCCCAAUCGGCUCGCCACUACCUACACCGGGUACCGGCGCACGGCCGAAGACGGUCAGGAGCAGGUUGCUGCCGCCCAGCAGGCCCACCAUCACCAACACCACCAACCGCCCGACAGCGAACCGGCGGCGAAGGUGGUCGAGGAGCAGCAACAGCAGCAAAAGGUAACUGGCGGGGCUAAUGCACUUUCACCUAGCUCCUCAUUUGCACCGCACACGUCAUCCAACGCCCAGCAGCAGCAGCAGCAGCAGCAGCCUCCGCUGCCUGCACCGCGUACAGUAUUAAUGCAAAGCGUAAAUAACAAACACGGCACCGCUAACAACAGUAGCUUGCCGGACGGCGGCACGAAAGGUAACAGCAAUGGCGUAAUAAUGCACACACAGCAGCAGCAGCAGCAGCAGCAGCAGCAGCAGCACCAGGAGCAUCCGAUGGAAGCGCCCCCGGUGUCGGCCACGAAUAAUGGGGUGGUAGCGCACACGGCUGCCACUAGCGACGACCCGCAGGUUGCAGCGAGGCCCAUGACCAGCGCAGACUUUCAGGCCAUGAUACCGUCUCACUUUAUCAGCGGCGGCGGGCGGCAGGUAACGGUGGACAAGUCUGACCACGGCCCGUCGGUAACGGUGACGGUGCAGAAGGCCGUGCCGGACAUGCCGAUGUUGCCGCCGGCACCGACCGAGCUCGGCACCGUCACGGAAACGAUUACCAAGUCAACGUUCACUGAGACGGUAAUGACCCGGGUCACUGACAAUCGCUUGUUGGAACCACUAAUCAGCGAGGAGGUUAUCCUGCCGAAAGAUCAGGGUUCGCUGGGCUUCAGUAUUAUCGGUGGCACCGACCAUUCCUGCACCCCGUUCGGGGCAAACGAGCCGGGAAUAUUUAUAUCGCACAUCGUUGCCGGCGGAAUUGCGGCCCUCUCCGGUAAGCUGCGCAUGGGUGACCGCAUCCUGAAGGUGAACGGUACCGAUGUGACGCAGGCCACCCACCAGGAGGCGGUGAUGGAGCUGCUGCGACCGUGCGACGACAUCAAGCUUACCGUACAGCACGAUCCGCUGCCGGCCGGCUUUCAGGAGGUACACAUCGUCAAGCAGGACGGCGAACGGCUAGGCAUGCAUAUCAAGGGCGGGCUGAACGGGCAGCGCGGCAACCCGCUGGACAACGCGGACGAGGGCGUGUUCAUCUCCAAAAUCAACGCGAACGGGGCGGCCAAGCGCGACGGCCGGCUGCGCGUGGGCAUGCGCAUCCUGGAGGUGAACGGGCUGUCGCUGCUCGGCGCCUCGCACCAGGAGGCGGUCGAUGCGCUCCGCGCGUCCGGCAGCAAGCUGCACCUGGUCGUGUGCAAGGGGUACGAGAAGUCGGACCUGCUGCAUCUGGCCGGCAGUGCCGGUGGCAUGAGCACCGGGCUCAGCAACAAUGGUGACAGUGCGCGAAUCGGGUCCCGCGCCUCCGAAACGGGAUCGGAGCUUAGCCAGAGCGUGUCCAGCCUCGAUCGGGACGAUUCGGUAAUAAUGGCCGAAGCGCACCGGAAGCUGAGCGUGGACAAGAUCGACGAGGAGACGCUGCCCCCGAAGCCCGCGGCCCACGAUCAGCAUCCGAUCGACCAGCCCGAACCACCUACCUCCCAAGCCCUUAUCAGUGUCAAUCCGAACGACCAGCAGGUGGCGCUCGGUCCGAAGGAGAAAAGCACCCCCGAGAAGGUACUGGAUAUCGUUCGUGCCGCCGAAUCGCUAGCGCUCGGCAGCCAGCUAGUCGAGAACGGGCCGCCCAAGUCGCCGACCGAGGUGGCGUCCGAACCGCUGCAGAAAACGACCACUAUCGUGAUGUCCAAGCACACCCUCGAUACCCAGGCACCUCAGGUCGAGCGCCGCUUUGGAAGCGUCCGGUCGUUGUCGCAUGCGAACGAACCUCCCAUCUCCUCAAUUAACUCCUCCACCGCCACGGUAGCGACGAACCCCGCUACCACCGAUACUAACUACCACCACCCCUCGAAGGGUGAUCAGAAGAUUGUGCGACCCCACCGACCACCGCCGCCGCCACCGCCACUGGCAGCAGCAUCCACCCACACCGCCACCCCCAUCACCAACACCGCCACCAUCCAAUCACCGUCCGCCGGGGCGUACCUGGACCGUCCGCCAAGCAUGAAACCACCGCCUCCACCGCCGAAGGUGGAACCGGGCAGCUCCUCGACCACCACGACCACCACCUCGCACCGCAAGUCGGUCAGCUUCGAUCUGCACGAAGAUACGCACGGGUUCGAUACGGCGCUCCAUCAUGCGCGGGCCGCCUUCGCGGGUCCCUCGCCGACGCCCGACCUGAAGGGCAUUCUGCGCGCGAGCAGCCCCUCCAAUCGCAGCAGCAGCUCGACGCCGGAAGGUGUCCAGCAGGUGCAGCCGACGGUGGCAAACUUGGAUAGCGAUCCGGACACCGAUUCCGACACAGACACCGAAUCCGAUACCGAUUCGGACGCGUCGGGUGGUUCGCACGAGCUGCUGCCGGCGGCAGCCGGCGGCCAGCAAGCAAAGGAGCAGCCGCCCGCCAGCAAUCCGAUCCGCCGGGCGGAGGUGGUGCGCAACCAGGCCGCUCGCAAGCUGCAGGAAGAGUUCGGGCAGGGCGAUCUGGUCGAGUACGAGCACGACACGGCGACGAACACGAUCCGGGAGGUGUCGGUAGGGCCCGGCCCGGCAGCCCGCGGUCGGCCCGAGCGCGUCGAGAUGCUGUCGGCGAAGUUCGAAACGCUGCCGGUCAAGCGGACGGCCCAGUUCGUGCACGAAAACACGCCGAACAAUCUGCUGGUGCCGGACGAGGUCCAUCGCCAAGUACUGCUGGAGGAGAACGAGGUGCGCAACAAGCUGCUGGCACAGUACGCCCACGAACAGCAGCAGCAGCAGCAGCAACAUCACCACCAUCACCAGCAGCAGCACAUGUACACCAUGCACCAUCACCACCACACGGGCGAGCUGUUGGGCCGGGUGCCUUCGCCGUACCACCUGUACGAUUCCGGAUCCGCGUCCGUCUCGCCCCUGCCGUCCCACUACAUCCCGGUCAGCAGCGUGUACGAUCAUCACCAGCAUCUGGCCAAGCUGGGCGGCCCACUGUCACCACCGCCGCCGCUACCAUCCACAGCGCCACCACCACCACCGUCCGACGUUGGCUACCACCAUCUGCCGCAGAUCUACCCGCCCGUUCAGAUCCUGCCCGUGCACUACACCAAGCUGCCGACCCCGCAGCACACCAUCUACACGUACGCGUCCGGCUCGGUGCCGGUCAGCCACGCGCCGAUCGUCUCGCUGGCGGCGAGCAGCAGCCAACCGGCCCCGUACUCCUCGCCCUACCACCUACCACCGUACGGCACCGGCGCCGGCCCGACCUACCUUUCCACCGCCCACCCGUCCAGCAGCAUCGCCGCCGGCCCCACCCCCCACCACCACCACCACCAGGUGCUGAUGUCGUCGCCGCCUCUAGGUCCGAAGACACCGAAGAGCGUGUCCGACAAGAAGCGAUUCUUCGAGAACGCCAUGGAAGAUCAGCAGAAACCGACGCCCAAAUCAGAUAAAGUCUUCUCUUUCCUAUCGCAAGACGAGGUAGAAAAGCUGAGACAGGAGGAGGAGCGCAAGAUCGCGUCGCUCGGCAAGGACCGGGUGCACCAGCGGUUCGGCGACGAGGAGGACGAGGACGACGACAACCGGUCGGACGGUGGCGACCGGACGCCCGGCGACAAGUCCGACAUCAACGACAAUAACAUGAGGGAGGAGUCGGCGACGGGCCGGACCGAGGAAGACGAGCAGAGCAGAGUGGCCGGCGGGCUGCUGAUGGCGGCGUCACCGCUCGCGAAGACGCCGAUGAGCCGCAUCCCGAUACGGACGGUGAACGCGGAGAAGCGGGCACGUGCCAGCAACUGUCUGCCGCCGGAGUACGACGAGUCCAAGCUGAGCCCGUCCGAGAUUCGUGCAUUAAGAGCCCAGAAGCGUGCCGCAUGGCGGCAGGCCCGCCUAAAGUCGCUCGAAAACGAUGCGCUGCAGGCCCAGAUCAUGAUCCAGACGAUGGCGGCCGGACUCGGGCUGCACGAGGACUCGCUGCUGAACUCGAGCAGCGCCAGCGAAGGCGUCGACGGAAGCUUCUCGCAGAGCGCACUGACGACGAGCAAUGUUUCGCCGCUGCCGGCCGCACAACAGUCACCGUUACUAACGCCGCCCGCACCAUCGGCGGACAACAACGAUGAGAACGAGCCGUCCGCCAACGGCGACGACGAUGACGACGACCACCACCACCACCACCACGAUGGACGGAGCAGCAGUGCGGACGAAGCAGGCGGUGCGGACGACCGGCUGCAGCGGCGGUUUCCCCGGCUCGCGGUAAAGUCCCGACCGGGCAGCGAGAUCGUCGUGCGCGAGACGGAGAAGGUCGUGGAGGAGAAGGUGACGCGCCGGACCGAGGAGGCACCGGGCGGCGGCCUCCGCACGGUUGAGUACAUUGAGAAGGUCAUCGAAACCGAGGUGGAGACGAUGCGCGAAAAGAUUAUCAUGUUCGAGCUGGAAGACUCGUCGUCCGCGGACAGCGAGCGGGACGGGGGCGGCAAGGUGGAGGCAAAGAACGGCAUGCCCACCGACCAGCCGGACGGUACGGACCGGUGGCUGGACGGGAGCGAGCCGGCAGUCCGCCAGCCGGAGCAGCCGGUGCAGCUGCAAACGAUCGUCGAGGUGAUCAAUCCGAUGCUGACCGGGGACGGCCAGCCGAACGACAUUGCGAUCGGCCGGUACAGCGAUGUGGCGUACGGCGAGGAAGACUCGCUCGUGGUGGACGGCGUGGAGGACGACGGGUCCGUCACCACCGCCACCGAUGCCACCGAGUACGGCGGGCGGUACGCGUACGAGCACGGUGCGUACGAGUCGAUCAACGACAAGAUGAAGCACGUGCUGCGCGAGCUAAAGCAGAACGAGAAGGUGCGGCAGAACCUCUCCAAAAGCUUGACCGAGGAGGAAAUUUUGGCCCUGCAGGCGCAAGAGCUAGCGGAACAGGAGGAAGACGGGCUCGAGGAGGAGGAAGAGGAGGAGGAGGAGGAGGAGGAGGAGGAGGAGGAGGACGUGCGGGAGCAGUACGAGGAGAAGACGGGCGCCAUCGGCACGGUGUUUAUGGUGCGCGAGCGACUGAUCAACGAUUUCUACACCCACCAGACCGAGCUGGCCCAGGAGCAGCAGCAGCAGCAGCAGCGAAAGUACCACCAGCAGAAGCUGAUGGACGAUCCGGCCUCGUACCGGGACUGCGAGGUGAUCACGAACCCGAACGCGGACCGGUUUUCGCCCACGUUCGACAACCAUUCCGGACCGGCGGGCCAGCUGUACCACCAGACGAUCCACUCGGAGAAGCUGCGCGCGGUGUUCGGCAGCGACGAUGGCGACGAGGACGACGAGGACGACGAGUGCGAGGAGGCGCGGGCGGAGGAUCAGCGGAACGGUAACACGAUCGGGGGGAUGGUCUUACCGGCCACCGAAUCGGCGAUCGAGAAGGAGGAGGAGGAGGAGGACGAGGAAGAGGAUGACGUCAUCAUCGCGCCGUCGAGAGCCGUCGCAGCAACGGCAGCGGUAGAGCCGAGCAACGGGACGAGUAGCAACGCCAACAGCGCAUCUACCACCACCGCCGUCCCGUCGUCGACCGGCAACAACAAGCGCAAGAAGCGCAAGGGCAAAAAGAAGAAGUAGAACCCGGGAGGGGAGGGCGAGCGAAUGAUGAUCUGUAUUCUUCCAGGAGUGUGUGCGCUCCUUCCUUAGCCUAAUUGUGUAAAACGAUUUUAACGACAACAAACGACGAACCGGUAUAUUGCGUUAGGCUCCUCCUUUAUUUUUUGGGGUAAAACGACAGGAGCAAUCAAAAAAGGGGAGAGACUUCAGUUCAUUUUAACUACUAAUCCCCCUUGUGGACGCUCUAAAGCAGCUCUUUUGGAAUACGUCACACAAACAGUCAAAUUCACCGCGAUGUGUGGUGAAGGGCGGGAAAAGAAACGAUAACAAUAUAAGGGCGCAGCUAAGGCUUAAUAUAAUAAGUGUGUUUGUGUGUGUGUGAGUGCGCUGGAUAGGCAGCUUACUUUCUCCCAAUAUUUUUUACAAUUAUUAUAAUUUUUCUUCAAUGUCUAAUGAUGCAUUAACUUUUACGAAAGCUAGAGAAACCGAACGGUUUCCUUUUUUUUAUUUUCUGUAAGAAAGAAUAGUUUAACACAGACGCCCGAGUAGAUAGUAGAAAGCAAGGGAAAAACGAGACUUUAAUACGUUAUGCACUUCACAUACACGCUACGGAUAUAUAUACUUCUUUUUAUUACAUCAGUGGCAAUAAUGAUCAUCUAACGAAGCGUCAUGCCUUCCCGAUUUCUUUCUUUUUUCGAGCCCUCCUUCCCAGUAGCCCGUUUAUCUCUUAAUAUUUAUCGCGAGACGUGCGAAGGAGCGAGCUUGGUUUUGAAGCACAUGAUCGCUAUUUUAUUAAUUAUGUUUAGUUUGAUUUCUCGCUUCUUUCUUUCCCUGCGUUUUCUAACCACGAAAAGAAGUUCCACCCCCAAAAAAAACGCGUUUAUAAUCACUUCCUUUUUCUUUUGUUUUAAUUAUUGCUUUACAAUUAAGGUUUAUUAUAUUUAGCAUUGUAGCAAACGUUCACAGUGAGCGCGCAGAAACGGCAUGGGAGCCUGGAAGUAGAGGGGGGGGGGGAGGGGGUUGGGACCAUGUUGGUCGUGCAUUGAUUUUAUUAGUGAGUGUGAGUGAGUGCCCUAGGAGGAUGAGGCGCGUGCACUUAUUUUUCCGUUGCGAUUUCCGUUUUUAAACCAAUCAUCAGCAAGUGAGAGCAGCGCCAAACGACAUUCCUGUUUCGGGGAGGGCAGGGCGCAGUUUCUGCUUGGAUGCCUGCACGACCAGUCCGCCCCGGCAUCCCUCCGGCAAGGCCCUCCUCCAGCCGGGCCCGCGCUCGAGAUGCGAAACCCCUUUCUUAUGGCAAUAUGUAAACGAAGCGAAAUAAAACAACUAUUUAACUCAAA